AAACACUUAACUCUGUCUUCAUAACAAUAACAAUGGCGCGUUUCUUACUACGGACAAAAAUCUAUAACGGCGCGUGGAAUACUAGAGUGAAAGUGUGUCUGUUUCAGUAGCGAGCCUUAGAAAAGCAAGCAAAUUCAUGGCUCGUAAAGUCGACAGUGCUUACUCCUGGGUAGUUUGUGCGAGCUGUGUUCUGUGCAACGUUCUCGUCAUGGGGACCGUGCUUAGUUUUGGCGUUUUGUACCCAGCUUUUCUCAAAGAUCUGGGUCGAUCUAGAGAAAAAACAGCAUGGAUCGGCUCCCUCCCCGUGUCAAUCAUGAGCGUCAGUGCCGUCGUGUCUGGAGCACUGUGUGACAAACUCGGCUCACGGCUCACCGGCUACCUCGGUACUGUUGUGUGCUCCGCCGGCCUCCUUCUUUCCUCAUUUGCUCCGGAGAUCUGGAUAGUGUACCUGACCUACGGGCUGCUUCUCGGAGUGGGCACUGGUCUAAUCUUCACCUCUAUCUUCUCCAUAACUGCAAAGUACUUCAACAGGUUUCGCGCCUUGGCGGUGGGAAUAGUCGGCUCGGGUGAAGGACUUGGGAUUCUAGUUAUGGCUCCGGUGAUUCAAUUAUUACUGGACGCACUGCAGCUAAGAAAUACGCUACGAGUGAUGGCGGCGAUGGUCCUGGCCAACACAUUGGUCAUGUGGACGUUCGAUCCGCAUGUCCAGGAAGAAACGGAUCACGAGUAUUUCCAGGAAGGAAGUAAUGAUUCGGGAAGUAGUAGAGAGUUGCCCAUGCCGCGAAAACGUGGAAUAGAGGUUUGCGGAUGGAUUGACUGGUCUUUGUGGAAGAUUCCGACGUUUACUGUGUUUACACUAGCAUCUGGUUUGGCAACACUGGCCGCGUUUAUUCCUCAGUUCUUCAUGGUUGCAUAUUGCAAAGAAUUGGGCAUCUCCGCUGACCGUGCAGCGUGGAUGUACGUUUACAUGGGCGUUGCCUCGCUUAUUGGUCACGUGGCAAUCGGUCGUUUGAUUGACAGGCCAUCCAUCCAACCAGGCUACGUGUACCAGGUGUGUUGGGCGAUCGCGGGUGUGUCUACGCUGCUGUCCCGUCUCAGUACAAGCUACGCGUACCUUUCCGUGUACUUCGUAGUGUUCGGAUUCGCGUUCGGAGCUGCGAUCACGUGCUGUGACGUCAUUAUGCUGACGCUAGUCCCCGAGGCACGAGGUGGUACCCUCGGUAUGCACAUGAUGGCGAUGGCCCUCCCGACGGCGACUGGUACCCCAUUAGCAGGUUUGGUUGCUGACGUCACGCAGUCCUACGCCGACACAUUCUACAUAUCAGGAGCCACAAUCCUUUGCGCGACAUGCAUUCCAUUCUUGAUGUUGUAUUUUCGAAGAUCGAACUACGGUCACGUGACUAACGAUGUAAAUAACGUUGCGGUGUUAAAUGCAUGACCUCAUUCCUAGGUUUUA